CUGCAGUCCUUGAACGCAGCAGAAGCUGAGUGACGAAGCAGCAGAAGCAGCACGGCGGCAGGCAGCUGCUAGGACCGUCUCAUACCGUCGCUGGACAGAAAGCUCCGUGUCUGCGGAGAUAUGGAGACAGCAGGAAGAACUGCAGCCACACCGGACACCCUGGACUUCACGGUGGAAAACGUGGAGAAGGCCCUUCACCAGUUGUAUUAUGAUCCCAACAUUGAAAACAAGAAUUUGGCCCAAAAAUGGCUGAUGCAAGCUCAGGUUUCACCUCAAGCCUGGCAGUUCUGCUGGGCCUUACUGAACCCAGAUAAGGUGCCAGAAAUUCAGUACUUUGGAGCUAGUGCACUUCAUACCAAAAUCUCAAGGUACUGGUCCGAUAUUCCCACAGACCAGUAUGAGUCCCUAAAGAGCCAGUUGUUCUCCCAGAUUGCUCGCUUUUCCUCCGGUUCCAAGAUGGUUCUGACCCGACUGUGUGUGGCUCUGGCCUCCUUGGCUCUCAACACGAUGCCCGAGGCCUGGCCCGGCGCWGUGGCAGAAAUGGUCCGAGUGUUUCAGGAGGAGGGGGGCGGUAUGGAUGGACGGGCUCGGUGCCUGGCGUUGUUGGAGCUGCUCACUGUCCUGCCUGAGGAGUUUCAAACCAGCCGCCUGCCACAGUACCGAAAGGGCCUGAUACAUGAACACUUUGAUAAAACUUGUUCCUCAAGUACUGUCCCUCCAGGAUCAGCUAAGAGAGGCUGUUCAGAAUGGAGAUAUGGAGACCUGCCAUGGGAUUUGCAGAAUCGCUGUCACACUGGGAGAGAACCACUCUAGGACUCUAUUGGAGCAGGUGGACCACUGGCAGAGCUUCCUGGCUUUAGUGAACAUGAUCAUGUUCUGUACUGGCAUUCCUGGCCACUAUCCGGUCAAUGAGACCACCAGCUCCCUUACACUUACUUUUUGGUACACACUACAAGAUGAAAUCAUGUCAUGUGAGUCAGACAAACAGGCAGUGUAUCUUCAGGUGUACAGGCCAGUUUAUUUCCAGUUGGUGGACGUUCUGCUGCACAAAGCCCAGUUCCCCUCAGACGAGGAAUAUGCAUCCUGGUCUUCAGAUGAAAAGGAGCAAUUCAGGAUUUACAGGGUGGAUAUCUCAGACACACUCAUGUAUGUCUAUGAGAUGCUGGGAGCAGAGCUGCUAAGUAACCUGUAUGAUAAACUAGGGCGGCUGUUGACUAAUACAGAACAGCCUACGUCAUGGCAGCACACAGAAGCUUUGCUUUAUGGCUUCCAGUCCAUAUCAGAGACGAUAGAUGUGAAUUAUUCUGACGUCAUCCCAGGCUUGAUAGGACUCAUUCCCAGGAUCAACAUCAACAAUGUUCAGUUAGCUGACACGGUGAUGUUCACAAUAGGUGCUCUGGCUGAAUGGUUGGCAGAUCACCCAGUAAUGCUCAGUAGUGUCCUGCCUUUGGUGUUACAAGCAUUGGGCAACUCAGACCUUUCUGUUUCUUCUGUCUCAACGCUCAAGAAAAUUUGCAGGGAAUGCAAAUAUGACUUGCCACCUUACGCAACCAACAUCGUAGCAGUUUCUCAGCCUAAUCCGUCCAAUAAACUGGCGAUCAUUCACAUCCUGGGGCUGCUUUCCAAUCUGUUCACUACGCUUGACAUUAGCAAGCAAGAUGAUGAGUCAGCUGAUGGCUCAGUUCUUCCUGUCAAAACGGCCCCACCUCCACCUGGACCAAAUCCGGUGGUGGUGGUUUUACAACAAGUUUUUGCCCUGAUUCAAACAAUACUCAGCAAGUGGCUUAAUGACUCUCAGGUCGUAGAGGCRGUGUGUGCCAUCUUUGAGAAGUCAGUGAAGACUCUGCUGCAUGAUUUUGCUCCCAUGGUUUCUCAGCUCAGUGAAAUGCUUGGGCAGAUGUACAGUACGAUUCCCCAGGCCUCAGCACUUGACCUCACACGACAGAUGGUUCAUAUCUUUGCCAGUGAGACAGACCACUUCCCACCAAUCAAGGCUCUAUUUGAGCUGGUCACCUCAGUAACGCUGUCCGUCUUCCAGCAAGGACCCAGGGAUCAUCCUGAUAUUGUUGAUUCAUUUAUGCAACUCCAAGCUCAGGCCCUCAAACGGAAGCCCGAUUUGUUCUUGUCUGAGAGUCUUGAUGUGAAAGCAGUAUUCCACUGUGGAAUUCUUUCUCUCAAAUUUCCCGAGGCUCCGACAGUCAAAGCAACAUGCUUGUAUUUUACGGAGYUGUUGCCCCACUGCUCAGACAUGCCUCUGUUAGCCAGGGUGGUGCAGGAAGAUGGCAAGCUGUUGGUACAAGCUGUGCUGGAGGGUAUUGGUGGUGGGGCGUCUCGGAAUCUGAUGGACCAGUUUGCAGAGGUGCUGUUCAGUCUAAACAAGCACUGCUUCUCCCUGCUCGCCGUGUGGUUAAAAGAGGUUCUGCAGCCUCCAGAAUUCCCAUCGUCACGCGUCACAACUGAGCAGAAAAAUAACUUUUCACAGCAGAUACUCAGAGAGCGAGUGAACAAGAGAAGGGUGAAGGAUAUAGUGAAGGAGUUCACACUGAUUUGCAGAGGUCUCCAUGGUACGGAGUACGCUUCAGAAUACUGAAACUCACUUUGUGAACUCCCACCUGUCUGUGACCUUCGUCCUCAAAGCAAAAAUGGAUGCCACAGCAACAAAGUCCUCCUUACCCCCGUGGAGACCCCACAAUACGAUUGUAAUGAGACCCCAGCCAGUCGCAGGACAAGACUUGGAACCAUGUUAGCACAGAGCUGCCAUCAGAUCAACAUACUGUCAGCAGAUGUUCAGAGAUGCCAUCCCCUCUGCCUUGUUCUGUCUGCUGUUUCCCUCACCUCUCUUCUUUAAACGUUCUUUUAUUGGAAAACUCUGAGCAGCACUCCCAGCCUCAUGCCUUCUUUUAUCUCCUGCUUGGUUUGCAUUUCUAGAUUUUCCUGUGGUUCCUAGAUUUGUUUGCUGGUGAUAGCAUCGAUAUAAAAUGACGUUUAUCGUACGUAGCUACUUGACAUUGUUUUACAAAGUAAAUCAAGUUAAUUGUAUAAUGUAUUUGUAUAUACACAUGGACAGGUUCAGUCCUCCUGCUGCUGCUAGUGAGAAGAGGAAAAGAGCUUUGAGUGGAGACUCUGCAGGAAGAAUGACUUUAAUCCAAUAUUUACUCCUGCUCAUGCCUCUGUGAUCUCCACAUUUGCCAAAUUAUAAACUGUUUUGUCAAUUAUUUAUUUUAAUAAAGUCCUGUUAGGGGAUGUGAAGACUACAAAUAGUGAAAUGUUUGGCCGAGCCCUCAUGUAUUGGGUCGUACCUCAUAUCCAGUCACUGCAGUCUCCUCGGCACUGAUCACAGUGGAAAACAAAGGGAUCAAAGUCACUGGCAGUGUGCAGAAACUGAGCAUGUGUAAAUAUCUUAACAGUGGACUGCUUUCUCACUGAUAUUGUGCAAAAAUAUUAAUCAAGUUGUGGAUCUUAAGUUAUUGAAGAACACUUUUGUGUAUUUGAGUGUAUGCUUGUGUUCACACCCAUAUUUACUGGAGGUUUUGUUUGCACAAAUGUAUUUGUUUCCCACUUGUUCGUUGCAUUUAAUAUUGGACCUAGAGAACAUUA